AUGAGUUCCCCGGACAGGCGCGGUCAGUUCAGCGAUCCGGGAAGCAUCCUUUCAUCGACUGCUGAGAUCCGACAGAUCUGGCAGGGCCUGUGGACGGUGUUGGGCGGUGUUGGGUCUUUUUCCAGGCCUGAGCUUGGUCAAAACAGGAUGGCACCCCGCAGCUUCGACACCACCUUCCGUGGCAUGACCAAGCGGCAGUUAGAGGAUGCAGCCGGUGCAGAUUUGCGGCAUCACCUAGGUUUCCUUUCUGUUGUUCUGGCGUGUUUUUCGAUGUUUGCGGGUAAAAUCUACAAGUUUAGAGGUGUACAAUGCAUUCGUUCGCUCAAUGCCGUCAUUACCGCCAUGGUCAUGCUGAUGAUGAUGAUACUGAUGAUCUUCACCAUCAUCACCAUCAUCAUCACCAUCAUCAUCGGCGUCGCCAUCGGCAUCACCAUCAUCAUCAUCAUCAUUUUGACGUUCGGCGUGAACCCGCCCAAAGAGCCGGAAGUCUCCGAGCAGCCUGAGCUCCAGCGGCCCUGGGUCCUAUCGAAUUCCGAGGCCAUCCCGAGCCAACGGGAAGGGUUCAUGGGCGACAUUGACCGGGCAUUCGAGGUCUCGGUUGGCAAGAACUCAGCUCCGUGGCGAACACCCAGCUGGCAAUUGGACAGCACCUCCUUAAGGCCGGUCUUCUACCACACCAUUGGAGGCGUUGGCCAUGCCCGUCAAGAGCACGAGGGCAAGCUGCGGGUGCCGACUCCACGGAAUCUGACGCCUGGCCCGGGCCACUACUUCAAGGACAGCGAUGGAUGCGUCUCACUGUUCUCCGACUACAUGCGGCCGCAGGGACGACAAGCAGUGUGA